AUGGAAUGUGAUAUCAUGGAUUUGGACAUAAUGAUCAAAGAUACGAACGGGAACUGGAAGCCCUACAAAAUUAUUGUUCAGAAUAUGGCGAAUGAUGGUCAACAUGCCCCGGCUACUCCAAGAGCCCAUCAAAAUGACGCGGAGCCUCGAUUCCAAUUUGCAACUCCUCGAACUUUUGGACUCAGUCCAAGGCACGAGCUUCCGCCCACAAGCAUUGCGCCUGUGCCUAAAAGUUCAACUAGAUUGAUGACAAAACUGAAAUAAAUUUUGGUUCCUGGAUCGGCUGGGAGUUCACCUC